AAACCCCGAGAUGAUCUGUCUGAACUCUUCUGCUGACCUGAAAGUUGAUUUCGAAAUCAUUUAUCUUCUCCUGCACUAACAAUGCACCUGAAAUAUUCUUUAUAUACUCUCUCUCUUUUCGCUUUCUUUCCUCAAAUCUGGAGUCGAGACACAUCUUCUGAACCAAAGGAUGUUUACGUGGCUCUUGGAUCGUCUGUGGAGUUGCCCUGUGUAGAUGGAAGGAAUGGAGAAAUAUCAGAAUGGAGAAUUAACGGAUCGUUCCUGGUCUCAAGCCCUGCUCUUCGCUUACACAACACCAGCCUUGACGAUCAGGGCGUCUACACAUGCCAUGACUCAAAUGGAGAAAUCGUGGAAACAGUACGACUGCAGCUGGGCUAUCCUCCAUCCCUACCAGACGUCCACUGCUGGUCGCCGAGUUAUCCCCUAAAAGCCCUGUGCUCAUGGAGUCUGCCGCAAGACCCGAUACUGCCAACCCAUUACAUCUCAACCUACAGGCUUCGUGACGAUGUCUGUUCAUGCCAGAGACAGAGCGAACAGGACAGGCAAUGUGUUCUCGAAGAACUGGACCUCUUCUCGAACGUGCCGUACCUGGUUAACAUCACAGCUGUCAACGCUCUUGGGAGCGCAAGCCGCGUCCUGCCUGUCAUUUUCGAGGACAUCGUGAAGCCUGACCCCCCUGUUAACGUGAAGGUGACGGCUUUACCAGGCAAGAAGCUCCACGUGCAGUGGGCUCCUCCACCAACAUGGCCAGACCCUGUGAACUUCCCCCUGAAAUACAAAGUGCAGUUCCGAUGGGGAAACGCUAAUGCAGAUAGCAUUAUGGGUCCCAUUGAGUCAGAAAGCAUGGUUCGGAGUGGAGUCAUGCCCGGACGUACCUAUCAUAUCCGUGUAUCUGUUAUGGACCACUUGGGUCACGGUCAGAGCAGCGAGUGGAGCGACACCGUGAACAUUACCUUGCCCAGAAGCUGACCCAAACCCACUAAGAGACAAAACACAUGAACAAAGCCAAGUAAUUUAGGAUGUUUUUACACCAUAAGUUUGAUUUAACCGGUCACACACAGUCUGUGAACGCAAACCUGAAAGCUAAUUUAAAGCUAUACAGUACCAAGAUGUUUCAUCAGAUUGGCAAAUUUAAAAAUAAAUAAAAUUAAAUGGAAAAAAAAAAUGCAUUUGCAACACUC